AUGUUGCAAAAGGCCUUUAAAGAUGAGUGUAUUGCAAAAACGCAAAUAAAGGAGUGGUAUAGGCGGUUCAAAAGUGGCCGCACAUCUCUUGACAGUGAUCCUCGUUCUGGCCGACCUUCGACGGGAACAUCGUCGGAUAAUGUCGAGCGUGUGCGUGUCGCAGUUGAACAAGAUCGUCGUUUGAAUGUGAGAGAACUAGAAGAUGAACUUGGAAUACCAAAAAGUACUGUUUGGCGAAUUUUAACCGAAAAUUUGGGAAUGACUCGUGUGUGUGCAAAAUUCAUCCUGAAACUUCUCACAGACCAACAAAAAAACCUUCGAUUAGAAAUCGCUCAGGACAAUCUGGAAAUUAUCAAUAGUGAUGAAAACUUUUUUCAAAAGGUGAUUACUGGUGACGAAACAUGGGUUUAUGGUUAUGAUCCUGAAACAAAUCAACUAUCUUCGAAAUGA